AUGGCAAUACCAAAAUGUGCCUGCAGCAUUGGUUUGCCGGUUUUUCUGUGCUUAAUUAGCUUGAGCAAUGCCCACAAGGUCAUUAAAUUUGAGGCCCCUGCCGGGGUCAAUCGAAAGAUGAUGGGCCAAGAUAAGCCAAUGGGCCAAGGGUUUGGCUCAGGUGUAGGCAUUGGCACUGGGACUGGGACAGCUGUAGGCAUUGGCAAGGGCAUUGGCUCCGGUGGCAAUGGUGUAGGAAUUGGGGAGGGGUAUGGUAUUGGCACAGGUUCUGGUCAUGGGGAAGGCACUGGUAUUGGCAUUGGGAGAGGCUCUGGAAAUGGUGGAUAUGGAGAAGGCAGAGGAAUUGGUAUUGGGACUGGAAAUGGUGGAUAUGGAGAAGGUAGAGGAAUUGGUAUUGGGACUGGGGAUGGAGGAUAUGGGGAAGGUAGGGGAGUUGGUAUUGGGACUGGGAGUGGUGGAUAUGGGCCUGGAAAUGGCCCAGGGGCCUCGGGACCCGGGUACGGAAACAGCGGUGGUAGUGGGUUUGGGUCUGGAGUCGGCAUCGGUACUGGGUCUGGGUCUGGUGGGCAUGGAAACAAUUGCGGUGGGGGUGGAUUUGCUCCUCCUCUCCCGGGUCCGGGUUACGCUGGCAAUCCAGACUGUGAGUGCCCUGGUGCUGGUUUCCAACCAGGCCAGCCCAAUGGGCUCACUUACAACAAACCCACUCAGCAUGAGCAGAUGACGCCUACCAAGAUGGGUGGAGGGGAGCCUAUAACACCAAAUAUACCACCAGAUUCAUCAGAUUCAUCAACCAAGACAGCAAAUGAAGCCCACCAUCACUCUGCUGCAGAGCUUCAUAACUAG